AUGGCUGACCUUCAUCGUCGUGACCCUCACCACCGUCAUUCUAGCUCGUCGCCAGACACCCUUGAGCGAGGUCAAUUCGACAACUACCAUAAGGGUCAAUAUGAUGAGAAAUCACAUGUAGUUGCCCCGGGCCAGGCCCAUGCUGUUGAGUAUGAAGAGGGCCAUCGCUUGCACCGUGGUCUCAAGGCUCGUCAUAUUACUAUGAUUGCUAUUGGUGGUGCUAUUGGCACCGGUCUUAUCAUUGGAACUGGCAAAGCUCUCGCUCGUGCUGGUCCAGGCGCUAUCUUCAUCUCUUAUUCCGUCGUCGGCUUCAUCGUUUACCUCGUCAUGUGCGCGUUGGGCGAAAUGGCUGCAUGGCUUCCUCUGUCUUCCGGUUUUACUGGCUAUGCCGUGCGAUUUUGUGAUCCUGCACUCGGUUUUGCUUUGGGUUACACAUAUUGGUUCAAAUACAUCAUUGUCACACCCAACCAGCUGACCGCCGCCGCUCUGGUUCUUCAAUAUUGGUGCCCAAGAGAUAAGGUAAAUCCUGGAGUCUUCAUUGCCGUAUUUCUGGUCACAAUUAUCUGCAUCAAUUAUUUUGGCAUCAGAUUCUUCGGUGAAUUCGAGUUCUGGCUCUCUACCAUCAAGGUUAUCGUCAUUGUUGGGAUAAUCAUUCUCUCACUGGUUCUCGCUCUUGGUGGUGGUCCCGACCAUGACCGCAAAGGUUUCAGGUACUGGAACGAUCCUGGAGCUUUCAACACCUACAUUGACACGGGAGCUACUGGACGUUUCCUCGCUUUCUGGUCUACCAUGGUCACUGCCACAUUCGCAUAUCUCGGAACUGAAUUGGUUGGUGUCACUGUUGGCGAAGCUCAGAACCCACGCAAAACGAUCCCUCGCGCGAUCAGACUGACAUUCUACCGAAUCCUCUUCUUCUAUAUCCUCAGUGUCCUCCUUCUCGGCAUGCUUGUGCCCUACGACAGUGAGGAGCUUGCAUUUGCUACCAAAGCCUCCAGUGGGGCCUCCGCCUCACCCUUCGUUGUGGCUGUCAAGUUGGCCGGAAUUGAUGCACUGCCUGGAAUUAUCAAUGGCUGCAUUCUUCUCUUCGUCUUCUCGGCUUCCAACUCUGAUCUCUAUAUCGCCAGCCGUACUCUCUAUGGUCUUGCCAGCGAAGGAAAGGCUCCUGCCAUCUUCAAAAAGACUGAUGCACGAGGUGUUCCGAUCUACGCCCUAGGACUUUCAGCAGCGUUCGCCCUUCUCGCUUUCAUGAAUGUCUCUGAUGAUUCCAAGGCUGUCUUCACCUACUUUGUCAACCUGACCACGAUCUUCGGUCUUCUCACCUGGAUCUCAAUUCUGGUUGCCCACAUCUCCUUCAUCAAAGCCCGCAAAGCACAAAACGUACCUGAUUCUGACCUCGCAUUUAAAGCACCACUUGGUGCCGCUGGAUCGUACGGUGCUCUGGCACUCUGCAUCCUGAUUGCGUUGACCAAGAACUUCGACGUUUUCACAAAGGGCUCAUACGGCAACUUUGACUACAAGAACUUCAUUACCGGAUACUUAGGGAUUCCACUCUACUUGAUCAUGAUCUUCGGAUACAAGUUCUGGACCAAGUCCAAGGGCGUCAAGCCCCACGAGGCAGAUCUCUGGUCUGGCAAGGACGUCAUUGACCGUGAGGAGCAGGAAUUCUUGGCCGCGAAGGCUGCCAGAGAUGCUGAGAAGGGUCCCAACCGUGGUGGGUGGUUCUACAGGACGUUUGUCUCUUGGUUGUUCUAG